AUGAGGGCAGUUGCUAACAAAUCACUGACUGCCUAUCAGACGCAGAUCUCUGAAAUUGUUCAACACGAGUUUAUCGAUCCAAGCUUUGAUUACAAUGAUGAGGAUUUUGAAGUAUUGUCUACCAUAAGAUACGAUCCCAAUUUCACGAUGCCCGAAAUGAUGUUUGGCCAACUUCUGCAGAAUAAAGACCAUACAGCUCUUUUCGGACUACCUGAGCAUUUUGGUCUCAAUUCAGAUGAUGGAUCACUUAUGGAUUUCAUGCUAAAUGGUAGCACAACUGGAAAUGAUAAGCAACAUGAUGCGGCUGACAUUAUAAAUGGACUUCUCAACACAGCUGGUGGUGCGAAGACUAAAAUUAGUAUUCAGGAGAAGGAUAAUAUGUGGGUGUUAUUUUACAACAGAUUCUUACUAUUAGGAGAACACUUUAAAAGAUUGAACCUCUCACUUGAAUACUUUGGUUGGGACUUUCAUAUUCCUCUAGAACUUCUUUUGGAGAAGCUGAUACACGCUUUACCGGUAGAUGAAAACUUUAAUGGAACUCUUUUGGAGAGAAUGAGGUGCUUGAUAGAUGAUACAAAUUGCUAUAAAAUGCGGGUUCUCGUAUCGUGUGGUGGUAGAAUGAGAAUCGAAGCACACCUGUUGCCAAGGGUAGCGCAAAACUCUCUUGGGGCAACCGAAUAUUUUGUGAAUACAAUUUUAGGCGGAUUUUUACCUGGAACAGAACACAUCUGGGAUGUGUUUAUAGACAGCGAGCCGCUGACUGUUUCACCCUUCACGACUUUCAAAACUACGAAACGAGACCAUUAUUCUGCAGCGAGAAAGAGAAUGGCAGAAAAAGCUAAGCGGCUGGAGGCCAAAUCUCUCAAAUCAGAAAUCCUAGUCUUCAACAGUGCUUUUGAGCUAAUGGAAGGCUCAAUAACAAAUGUUGCAGUAAUCUAUAAAGAGCCUAAUUCUGAUCGUUAUUCCUACCAAACACCUUAUUUAUCAUCCGGAUGUCUAUGUGGUGUAAUGCGAUACUAUUUACUGAAGAAAAACCUUAUAUCAGAGACUCAUAUUGACGUCCGUGAUUUGAAGCAGGGUGACGAGGUGUUGCUUUUUAACGGUGUUAUGGGUUGUGUUAAGGGAAUAGUCAGAAACUCGCUAUAA